AUGGUUCAAAUCGAUGUCCAAAUGGCGUGUAAAGACUGUAAAGCCCAUGUCUCUGGUCGAUUUGCCUCAAACAGUGAUCAUGACGGUGGUAUAUUUACCAGUGGUUCAUGUGCUCACUGGGAAUACUUUCGUGUAAGAACCUGGACAUCUACUGGAUGGUUAUUUGGUGGUAAUGCAAAAAUUCGGGGAAAUUUUGAAGCCAGAUGCAGGUCAUGCGGUAUUUUUCGGGAAGAUUCAUUUGGCUUUUGGGGAUGUAAUUGUCGUGCUGGUCUGGUUCACGAAGCUUUGGAGCCCUUUCAUUAUAAGAGUACUGUAGUGGAAAUUCUUACCGACAUUACCUCACUUAUUAUUAGAUUUUAA